GCGUGCUUUGCGCUUCAAAGAGAGAGAGAGAGAGAGAAGGGUUUGGUGGGUGUUGUUAAUAGCGAUUGAGACGAGGGUUUUUGGAGGCAAUAAAGCGAGAGAUUUUGCAGCGUUUUUUGGGCAGAGAAGUUUUGAGGGUUCGCUGAGAGCAGUGUAAGAAAGGCGCUUUUUUAGGGGGGGUUUUGUGUUCGUUCUUGGAGUGCUCUGUUUUUUUUAGAAAGAAAAGGAAGAUGGAGAUGGAGUGGUCUGCUAGUGGGAACGAAUACGAGAAGCUUGUGCUUCGAAUGAACACUCCAAGGGUCGUCAUCGACAAUGCCGUUUGCCCCUCUGCGACUCUGGUCACGGUCGAUAGCGCUAGAAGACAUGGGAUUUUACUGGAGGCCGUGCAGGUUCUCACCGAUCUUAACCUUUCCAUAAAGAAGGCUUACAUAUCUUCAGACGCAAGCUGGUUCAUGGAUGUUUUCCAUGUCACUGAUCAGAACGGAGACAAACUGACGGAUGAGAGCGUUAUCAGCUACAUUGAGCAGUCCAUGCGCACCAUUCAUUGUGGUCGAACCAGCGACUAUAACGGCCUGACAGCCCUGGAGCUCACCGGAUCCGACCGAGUGGGUCUGCUUUCCGAGGUUUUUGCGGUACUAGCUAACCUUCAAUGCAACGUGGUGGAGUCCAAAGUUUGGACACACAAUGGCCGAAUCGCAGCGUUGAUCUAUGUGAAGGAUUGUGAUUCCGGGUGCCCCAUUGAGGACUCGCAGAAAAUAGACAGAAUUGAGGCACGUUUGAGGAAUGUGCUCAAGGGUGCUGACGAUAUUUGCAGUGCCAGGACCUCGGUGUCUAUGGCUGUCACCCACACUGAAAGGAGGCUGCAUCAGAUGAUGUUUGCUGAUCGUGAUUAUGAGAGAAAACCAAUUUUGAAGGCCGGUGUGGAGUCCCCGGUCGUCACGGUUCAGAAUUGGGCCGAGCGGGGUUACUCCGUGGUGAAUGUUCAGUGCAAGGACCGGUCCAAGCUUCUCUUUGAUAUUGUUUGCACGAUGACUGACAUGGGAUAUGUUGUUUUUCAUGCCACCAUCACCACUGGUGGAGACUACGGUUAUCUGGAGUUUUACAUUAGGCACACAGAUGGGACUCCAAUCAGUUCUGAACCCGAAAGGCAGCGUGUGAUCCUGUGCCUACAAGCGGCCGUCGAAAGAAGAGAGUCUCAGGGUGUGAGGCUAGAACUAUGCGUUGCUGAUAGUCGGGGGCUUUUGGCGGAUGUGACAAGAACGUUUCGAGAGAAUGGGCUAAAUGUGACGAGAGCGGAAAUAUCAACACAAGGGGACAUGGCUUUAAAUGUGUUUUAUGUGACAGAUGCGAUUGGGAACCCGGCAGAUCCAAAAAUCAUUGAAGGUGUUAGACAGAGAAUUGGGUUGAGUAAUUUGAAAGUUAAGGAACUGCCAUUGGUGUGCCAUACAAAGGUGGAGAGGGAAGAACAAGCAGUUGGUGUGGGUGGGGCAGUGCUGGUUUCACUUGGGAGCUUGGUGAGAAGGAAUCUGUACAACUUGGGAUUGAUCAGAUCUUAUUCUUAAAAGGGUUUUCUUUUUACUAAAUGAGAGUUGUAGCCUAAUAUUCUUUGCUUCAGGUUUGGGCUUUGUGUACAUAAAAAGAGAGAUAAGGUGUUGGGGGGGAUUUGGUGAUGGUAGUUGUUAUAGUUGGUUGGGUUUGGUUGGUUCGACAGACAGACAGACAGACACUUUGAAGGAGGUGGGGGCUCACCACCAUCUUAAAAGCUCUACUUUAUUUGAAGAAGGAUUUGAAUUAGAAUAGGGGGAAACAGGUGGAAAAAGUAAAAGGGUGUUUGUUGUUGGUGGGGAGUGAUGAGCUCCAUAAGCUUGUUCUUGCUGGCUGGCUGGCAUAGAGAUUAAGAGAAUAGUAGGUAGAACAAUAGGGAAUUUGUUUUCAUACAGCACAAAAUGUGUACAGAAUGACUUUUGAAGUUUAUCAAGUUUUAAUAGUUGACUUGAUUUUUUAAAUCAUAUUUGUUCAAUUGAUUCUCUUGGUA